AUGCUUCCCCUCGUGCUGCCCGACCCCAUCUCCCCGCCGCUGCCGCACAGUCCAGAAGAAAGAGGGGCGAAGAAAAGAGACGACGACGACGACGACGACGCAGAAGGAAGGGCGGGUGGGGAGGCGGCCGCAUCGAUAAAGUGCCGUGGGGGGAUGUCACGCUUCGUUGCCACGCGCCGCCUGCUUGCGGCUUUCCUGCUGCUGCCGCUGCUACUGGCGCAGCUUCCGGCGGUGGGCGCGCAGUGGGUCGACGACACGGCGACGUACUUGGGCACCGCGCCGCUGCCGCUGCGCAUCACCGCGACGGCGGACUGGGACAACGGGAUGAAGACGGGGCUCAUCGGCACCUGGGCCAACCGCAGCGGCCUUGUGUGGUACUGCCAGGGCGGGCCGGACGACCGCGGCGCCGGCAGUGGCAGCCUCCUCUACGCGCCGUGCUGGACCUCGGCGGAAUUCCCGAGCCCCAUUGUGAGCACCAUCGUGGCGGACCUCAACCGCGAUGGGGCGCUCGACAUUCUUGUGCAGUGCGAGGAUGGCGGGCUCUACGUUGUCAACGGCCGGCACCGCAACGAAACUCCCACGGAGAUUGCGCGUGGGACCGUGCCGCACUUCAACGCCCUCGUUCCGCAGGUGAGUCUCGUGACGGUCUUCAGCCACUGCGGCCUGCCGGAGAUUGCCCUGGUGGACGCGGCAGGAUCGCUUGUCGUUCUGCGGGCCACGACCGCGACGACCGCCGACGCCGAGUGCGCCGGGCAGGACGCCCCGCCCACCUUCACUCCGUCUGUGCUGGUGGCGGGGGCGGAGGGGGUGAGGGAGGUCGUCCCGCUGGGCGUCAUUUCGGACGACAUCGACGGUGACUGCGUCGUGGAUUUACUCUACACGGUGCACACGCGCGAGAGUGACACGCUCGACGUGUAUGCGUACUUCCCCGCGCGCGCCGAACAUGCGUUGCUCUUGACGUUGACGCCGGCGAGCCGCUACGGCUUCCCCGCCGUGGCGGACGUCAGCGGGGAUGGGGCGCCCGACCUCCUCUUCCCGCUUUGUGCCUCGCAGGAGGAUGUAUCCACUGCUUUUGGCGCCUGCACCCGCUUCGACGGUGUGGUGGUUUUCUACAACGAUCUACGGGGCUCUCCGCCGUGCGGCAGCGGCGGAUGUUGCAGCGGGCACCCUUUUGGUUUCCACGAGGGCGCAUCAAGGGAGUUUUUCCUCCACAAGCAGAACGCGUGCGGCGUUCCCACGCGACUGGGCCGUCCCCUCGCCAUGACGAGUUCUCUCGCCUCGCCACUGCUGCUGCGUUGCGGGGACUACAACCGCGACGGCUACGUGGACCUGCUGGUGCCAAGCACCUACGGCCCGCUGCUGCUGACGGCCCAGCGCGAUGCUCGCGGCCCGCCCUUUGCCUGUGCCCCGCUGGACGAGGCGCGUGCGGGGGCCGCAGGGGGCGACGCCGCUGCGUACACGGCGGCGAUUCCCUUUUUCGCCAUCAUCGCAGGGGACGGGGUGCUGAGCGUCGUGCUGACCUUCCACGACGCGAGCCCGCUUCCCGUCGCGUUCUACGCGAAUCGGAUGCCGCGGCUGCGGGAGAAUUAUUUCCUCGCGAGCAGCGCCCUCAACGGCGUCGCCGCGGUGCACGACUGGGGCGUGUACCAGCCGGGCGCGGUCCACCGCUUUGGCUGGAGCGAUGUCACGAUGCGGCAGCGCUGGGCCUACGCCGCGCAGCUGUCCAGGACGCAGGGGCACGCGCUGCAGCCCGCGCGCCUGCUCUUCGGCCUCGACCGCACCUUCUCCUACAUUCAGGGCUACGCCGUGGGCAUUCUGGUCGACCGCCAGCCCGUGCGCCGCGCGUGGUCGGCGACCCUGGUGCCGAACUCAAACGUGUUUGUGUGGCUCAACCCCCUCCUCGCGCAGGGGAGCUGGCGGUUGCGGCUGUACCUCGUCUCCGCCACGUACGAGCGGCUGCUGGUGGUGGUGCUCGUCACCUCGCUCACGCUGCUCGCCGUCCCCAUCGUCUUCCUCAAGUGGCGCGAGGUGCAGCACGACCGCCGCGAGUGGAAGCUGCGCUGA